AAGAUUAGUUUCUAUAAUUCUCGUUUUGGUGCAGACACCAACCCACACCGUCGCCCCAAUUUAAAUACCACAAUUGAAGAAUCGAAACCCUACUAAGUCACAAAAUCUAACUCCUAAAAAUUUUUUGAAAGAAAGAAAAAAAAAAAACCCUAAGGAAUCCAAAUUACGCAAUGUCGACGGCGGCGAAUGUACCGAAGCGGAAACCAGUGUUUGUGAAGGUGGAUCAGCUGAAACCAGGAACCAGCGGCCAUAAUCUGACCGUCAAAGUCGUUGAAUCGAACCCCGUCAAAGCGGCGACUCGCAAAAGCUCCUUCACUCAGCAAGUUCGAUCUUCUCGUAUCGCUGAGUGCCUUAUCGGCGACGAUACUGGUUGCAUUCUUUUCACUGCCCGCAACGAUCAAGUUGAUCUAAUGAAGACUGGUGCAACAGUUAUUCUGAGGAAUGCGAAGAUUGAUAUGUUCAAGGACACAAUGAGAAUGGCUGUUGACAAAUGGGGACGCAUUGAAGUCACGGAUCAUGUUCCCUUUGCGGUUAAUCUCAACAACAAUCUUUCUCUGGUCGAGUAUGAAGUGGUCAAUGUACCUCUUUAGGACUAAAUCCGAGAGUCUGUCUCUGCUUCUUUUGGUAUUAGUUUCAAUUUUCUUAGAACUCUCCAGGGCGGUUGGCUUAGAUUCAGUUAUGAUUGUUUAACCCGUUGGAUUAGUUUUGAGACUAGAUCGUGUAAUUUUGGUCUUUGGAUAGAUCUGAAUAGUUUUAUUCUCUUUGCCUUA